GACUCAAACUUUAAAACAGAGACGAUAAGGUUGGGAGACCCAUCCCGCGGACAAGAACUGAGCUUAAACCCCCAUUUGAUAACAUCGGAGCUCCGGCGAACAAAAAUGGCGGCAAAGUUUAUAGGCGGAGGCUGUUCAUGGCGGCGCUUUUCAAGAAACUUGGACAAGAGAACAGCAUCAUCUCGAGUUCUUCUCUUCUCUGUUCGGUCCUCUCACUCCAUGGAUGACAUGGACACUGUCUAUAAGCAAUUGGGACUGUUCUCACUAAAGAAGAAGAUCAAAGAUGUUGUUCUCAAGGCCGAGAUGUUAGCACCGGAUGCUCUCGAGCUAGAAGAAGAGCAAUGGAUUAAGCAAGAAGAGACAUUGCGUUACUGUGACUUAUGGGAUGAUCCAACCAAAUCCGACGAGAUUUUUCUCAAGUUAGCUGCUCGUGCAAAAGCAGUUGAUACUCUCAAAGACCUCAAGUACAAGGCAGAAGAAGCUAAGCUAAUCAUACAAUUGGAUGAGAUGGAUGCUAUAGACUACAGUCUUUUUGAGCAAGCUUAUGAUUCAUCCCUCGAUGUGAGCAGAUCCUUGCAUCACUAUGAGAUGUCUAAGCUUCUUAGUGAUCAGUAUGACACUGAAGGCGCAUGUAUGGUUAUCAAAUCUGGAUCUCAUGACACAAAAUCUCAGAUGUGGACAGAACAAGUUGUAAGCAUGUACAUCAAAUGGGCAGAGAAGCUAGGCCAAAACGCAAGAGUAGCUGAGACAUUGAGGAAUAAAAAUGGCGUGAGUUCAGCCACAAUAGAGUUUGAAUUCGAGUUUGCUUAUGGCUAUCUCUUAGGUGAGCGAGGCGUGCACCGUCUUAUCACAAGUUCUACAUCCAAUGAGGCUUGUUCAGCGUCUGUAGAAAUCAUACCGUUGUUCUUGAGAGCAUCUCCUGAUUUUGAAGUGAAGGAUGAGGAUUUGGUUGUGACGUAUCCUGCAAAAGAUAAUCAUAAACUAGCUGAGCAGAUGGUUCGUAUUCAACAUCUUCCGAGUGGUAUAACCGUAGAAUCUUCAGGAGAAAGAAACCGGUUUGCUAAUAGGAUCAAAGCUCUAAACCGGUUAAAGGCAAAGCUGCUUGUGAUAGCAAAAGAACAGAAGGUUUCAGAUGUGUAUAAAAUCAGCAAGAACAUUGUGGAGCCAUGGAGAGUAGAAGAAACUAGGAGAUAUGUCUCUAAAGGUCAGAAGAUGGUGGUUGAUUUGAAAACCGGUUUAGAGAUUUUGGACCUUAAAUCGGUUUUGGAUGGGAACAUUGGGCCACUUCUUGGAGCUCAUAUUGGCAUGAGAAGAUCCAUUGAUGCCAUUUAAAAUUAAUUGAGGUUUUUUUGUUGUACACAUAAAAUAGUCAAACUUUGUAAAACCUAAAAUUUAAUUAUAUAACUAGACCAUAUUACAAUA